UGUGCUUCAAAACCUGAUCACUGGUUUAGCUUGCAAUCACAAAGCUGCUCAAGUUGGCCUCAGAGCCCUAUAAACAGCGCGGUGCCUGCAGCUCUGCAUACUGACCCCUCCUGGGCCUUGCCCCCCACAGGAUGAGUCUGUUCCUACCUCUGGCGCUCUGCACCCUGGCCGCCUGCUGUGGGGCUGUAUCUCCACCCCAGCCAGUCCCCAGCCCCUCGCGUCUCCUCUCCCUUGCCUGCAACAGCUCAUAUGUGCUGGAUAUCGCGAACUUCAUCCUGCAGGACAUCAACAGGGACCGAAAGGACGGCUACGUGCUGAGCCUCAACCGAGUGAGCGAUGCCCGUGAACACACACAAGAGGCUGGUCUGGGGUCUCUGUUCUAUUUCACGCUGGACGUGUUAGAGACUGGCUGCCAUGUGCUCAGCAGGAGGUCGUGGAAGAAUUGUGGGGUGAGGACCUUACAUAAAUCGGUUUAUGGUCAAUGCAAAGCAAUAUUUUACAUUAAUAAGGCAAGAAGAAUUUUCUAUUUACCUGCUUAUAAUUGUACUCUUCGCCCAGUUUCUCGAAGCAAGAUUACCAUGAUGUGCCCUGACUGCCCCAGCUCCAGCCCCUAUGAUUUGUCAAACCCCAAGUUCCUGGAAACUGCUACUGAGUCUCUUGCAAGAUACAACAAUAAGAGCCCCUCGAAGCAGUAUUCUCUCGUCAAAAUCACCAAGACUUCUAGUCAGUGGGUGUUUGGCCCUGCCUACUUUGUAGAAUAUUUAAUCAAAGAGUCAUGUACCAAGUCCCAGGCUAGCAGCUGUGCACUUCAGCCCCCUAACUCUGUGCCUGUUGGUAUUUGCCACGGUUCUCUUACUGAACGAGACUCAGAAAAGUCGGUCUCUGUGACUUGUGACUUCUUUAAAUCAGAGGCUCCCACCCCUAGAGGUGAAAACUCUACUGUUAACCCGAGACCUGUGGACCUGUUCAAGGUGGAAGAGCCCCAGCAGACAAACACAGCUCCCACCAACUCAUCAGCCAAAGCUGUGCCCAAAGGAACUGUCCAGUACCUUCCUGACUUGGAUAACAAGCCUAAAGGUUCCCAGGGAACGGACCCUGUUGAGGCCUUCCCUGUGCAGCUGGAUCUAACCACAGAUCCCCAAGGAGAACCACUGGAUGUCUCCUUCCUCUUCCUGGAGCCUAUGGAGGAGAAGCUGGUUGUCCUGCCUUUCCCCUCAAAAGAACAACACCCUGCUGAGUGCCCAGGACCAGCUCAAGAGGACAACCCUCUUAUUCUCCCACCUUGAGAACCACGUGGAGGGUCCUGGGCGACAUACUGCCCUACGGGAGAUGAGAGGCGUUGGGAAAAGGGGGAUGGAGAAACAGUUCGAACAUAGAGAAGGCUAAUAAAGUAUAUCUUUUUGACUCCU